GUGCUUGUGCUUGGACGUGACGCGUUGGAAUUUGAUUGCCAAUUCCCAACUUCUCUCCACUUACGCUCCAAUUGCCCCUCCGAAGGUCUAUGACCUAUUUGAUCAGCCGCAAAAUGUUCGCUGCAUUCGAGAAACUGCCCCUCGAAAUCCAACUGGAGAUUUUCCAGCUGGCUGCAAACGCCGAAUACACCCCACGCCUCGUAGAAGUAUUUUACAAAGAAGGCCAAUUGCACUCGAAACAACGGCCUCCUGCAUUACUACAAGUCUGCCAAAUAUCCCGAAACGUUGUUCAAAGAUUAUACAAACCAUGGCUCCCCCAAUUCACCGGAACACUCGCCCAUCAGCCUUGGGAGACACUGGCCAAGAAGAAAAGUGUUGAGCGACUCUCGAAAUUGCAAAGUGUAUAUAUUAAUAUGGAAUCCGACACACUGUUGUUGAACAGCAGGAUAUGUCGCCCAGGAAUGUUCGGAGAAAUCGAAAGACAAAUACUGAGGAAUAUGGCGGUAGAGAUGGAUGGAUAUAUCACUUUCAUGAAUAUUGCGAAGUGCGCAAGACAAUGCGGUGGUUUGAAGAACUUGAACCUGUUUGAAGGGAAGACUGGUAAAGGACACACUGAAUUCAAGGCCGGGAGAAUUCAACAUGGGAUUGAGAGGCUGGCGAAGAAAAGGUUGAGGAAGAAGGAGCUUCCAUAUGUGGUACCGCAGGUCUACUCUGCGCCGAUUAAGAGUUCGAGAGAGGAAUGCAGGAAGAUUAAUGGAUGGUACCACUACAAGUAUCCGAGGGGACUCAAUACUCCCUAUCAAUCUUCUCGACUGGUUGGUAGAUCUCGUCUGUCUGAGCAGGAGGAACUGGAUGUGGAGCUGGCAGAGCUUAAAGAAGCUAGCGCUGAUCAGAUGGUUCUUGGCGGAUAUCCCCGCUCACCAUCAUCAUCUCGACAAACAUCAACAAAGCGCAAGAGAUACCGAUUGGACACACCCCAGACAUCGGACGCGAGCUCAAGGAAAUCCUCGAAAACUUCACACUCAUCCCAACCGAGAAGACACGAUUCAGACGCAAACACAGCAACAAACGCGUCUGCCACGCGCGGGCAUUGCCAGCUCAUUACCCCGCCAACAUCCUCCCCAAUCCGCGACAAACGAAGUCCAAAACAAGAAAAUUCAUCGCAUCUCUGGACGAGAUUUCCCGAGCAUUUCAACUACAGCUCUUUUGAAGACAGCGCAGUCUCACCAAGCCCUGAACCAGAACAGUCGCCAGAAUCGCUCGACCUCCCCUCACUCGGACCAGCAACGCCCGUCCGUCCACAGCACGAUCCCUUCCACGAGUGGACAGAACUAGAUUGGGAACCACUACUCCAGCCAUCCAGUCCACCUGAGGACUUCACUACUCCCCACAUCGAGCAAUUCAUCGACGUACCUCCCUCUCCGGAGCAGCCUGUAUAUAUCGAUCCUAGAAAUAUCUGGGGCGUGCUGGAGGAUGAGACAGAGUCGUGGGCCUUGAAGGAAUCUGAAUCUGAAGAUAUGGCGCGCAGUAAAGAAGCUAUAAAGUCGAGAAUUAGAGAUAGAGAUGAGGUCGAUGAGGAGGAGGAAGAGCGACUCUUGCAGUUGCAAUUGCAAGCAGAGGCUGCAAAGAAUGAUCAGGCUGAAAGUUCGAAUACAAAUACUCAGGGACCUAUGACUCCAGAAUCGGACGUGCCUGAGAACAGUGGUGUCCCCUUAAGGAUUAGAGCUGAGCGACAGGUUGAGGAUGACGUCGAACUAUUGAUUCAAUGGAAGAAUUAUCCCGAUGAGAAAGACUGGACGUGGGAGGAGGAGAGUGAGUUGAAGCAGAGUGUACCGAAGCUAGUGCAGUCUUGGAGGACGAAGAGGAAUGAAGAGAUGGAUGAGAUGGAAGCGGUGCUUGAGGAUGAAGUUGAGAAGAUUCUGGGAAAGAGGAAAUGGAAGGGCGAGCCUCAUUACCUUGUUAAGUGGAAGGGAUAUGAGGAUAUUGAGUCAAGGACGUGGGAACCAUGUGAUAGGUUGAAGGUUGAUGUUCCGGACAUCGUGGAUGAGUAUGAGAGUAAGGGCAACAAGAGGAAGAAGGGCAAGGCGAGGAAGUAAAUAUUGAUACCCAACUGUUUUUUUGCACUGAUUUGCUCUUUGUUUGUUUUAUGACUUCGAGUAUAUAACUUCUAGAUGAAUAUGAUAUGCUUCAUUGACUUCGUGUGGUCUUG